CUUCUCAUGGUGAAACUAUGGGUGAUGCUCAAGUUGGGGAUGAUGAUACUACUCAAACAACCAAGCCUUCAAUGCCUAUAGCAAGUGGGACUACAAAAAGAAAAACCAUGAAACCAAGAUCAAAGGUUUGGGAGCAUUUCACCAAAUUUGUGAAUGAGAGAGGUGAAACUAGAGGUUGGUGGAAGCUAAAUGGUCCUAGAUUUCCUAUUCUUUCUCUAGUGGCAAGAGAUGUUUUGGCUAUUCCAAUUUCUACGGUUGCAUCAGAGUCUACAUUCAGUACUGGAGGACGAGUUCUAGAUUCAUUUAGGAGCUCUUUAACUCCUAAAACUGUGCAAUCUCUAAUUUGUGCUCAAGAUUGGCUUAGACGCUCAAUUCAACAUGUUGUAGAAGAAGGGAAUGAUGAUAUCCAAAAGAUAGAACUUGAUUUGCAAAAAAUUGCAUUAGAGGCAACUGUUGAUAUACUAUAG